AUGGCCACAGCAAAUAAAAGUGAAGGGAACUAUGAAACCCAAUUCAUUGAGAUGUCAGCCAUAGGUUCGGGUGGUUUUGGGACUGUAUAUAAAGUAAAGCAUAGAUUGGAUGAUAAGAUAUACGCUAUUAAAAUAGUACAAUUUCGUGAUUUUACUGAAGAAAAGAAAGAAACUGUUUUGAAAGAAGUUAAAUAUUUGACAGAACUGGACUCAGAAUAUGUGGUAAAGUAUUACAACUCAUGGCUUGAGUCCAAUCAUCUCUUCAUUCAAAUGGAGUUCUGUUCACAAAGUCUUAAAUCUGUUCUCAAAGACAAACCCAUUUUCUGUUCACAAAGUCUUAAAUCUGUUCUCAAAGACAAACCCAUUGUCUUCGAGAGACAACCGGAAGAAGUGAUUAAUAAUGUCUUUGACUCGGAAUCAUUUUAUGCCAAAGAAUCGAUGUUUAAGACAUCAAUACUAUGUCUAUACCAGACAUUAGUGGCAAUGAUGUCAACACCCAAUUGGAGACAAAGGCCUGACUGUCGGAAAGUGUUGGCUAAACAAGAGGACUGGUCUAUAGAUAAAUAUUUGUGGUUGUGUGUGGACACUCGCACCUGUACUGUUAACAACAUUGUCGUUCUCAAAGUACGUUCGCACUUGGGGGGAAGGGUGUCGGCCAAAGCGAACUUUUACGAACGAAGGGGAGAGGGGGUUAUGGACUUUAAGAAC